UCCAAUAUGGCGUCAAAAUCGCUUUUUGUCGAUUUUAUAAAAGUUUGCGCUUGAAACACGUAAAACUACAUUCUUUCCAAUUAUUAUUUAUUGUAUGCAGUGAUGCCUUAUUGUUCCACAAUAACUUGAGUAUCCAACAAUGUCCGAUUCAGACACAGAGUUUGAGAAAGCUCUGACUGAGCUGAAAACUUUGCAGUCGAUGAUUGACUAUAUUGAACAGCACCUGAAAGGACUUAGAACGCAGUGUGCGCCCAAUGAUGAAUUCACACAAAAAGAGAUACGUGUCACAGAGGGCAAACUUGUGUUGUAUGUGAGCAAGCAGAUUAUUAUCAAGAGCAAGAUAACCAGUGAGGCCUUACAUGAUGAACUUGUCGAGUACCCGAAUACAAAACAAUGGCUGUCCUGUGUUGGUUUGCCAGAAAAUACAAUCAAGGGUUUGAUGAAGGAAGAGGAAAACUUGAGCCUGUACACGCUGUUGGAACUAUCAGAGACAGAUAUAAAAACAAAACUACUGAAACAUAAUGCCAGUAAUGAAGAUGCAAGACGGUUGAACCUCUCUCUCCGUAACCUUAAUAUAGCUACAGAACGGGAGUUAUCAGGCGGUAACAGUACCUCGGGUGACAGUGAUGUUGAACUGCACUGGACAAAUCCAGAGUCCACAUCGUCAUAUGAUUAUAUAGCAAGGAGAAGUCCACGACCGUCGACAUCAUCUAUGUCAUCGUCAGACAAUUCUACAACAAUGAGUGCCCCAGCUCAGACACACAGUACACCUCCGUCACCGGUGCCUCAUGCGCAUAAUGCACACAAUGAGAGACUACGUUCAGUAGGGUAUACUCCCCCACCGACUCCGCCUUCAGUUCGGACACCAAAGACAAAGUAUCCAAUUACCCCACCACCUCAGAAGAAGAUGUUGUUAUUCCCAGAAUAUCCUACCAUCAGUAGAAGCAAGUCCCAGGAGUCUCAGUUAGCUCACAAAGUGCAGGAUAUAGACCCAGUCAGGUCUGGCAAGAAGAAGCACAUAAAAGAGCUGAAUCUAGGCAGUAAUCCUUAUGUGAAUAUCAGCGGUAGCCAUGACAUCCUGGCUAUACGACGUCCUUCUAAUGAGCAUGAAACGGGUAGAAGCAGCCGGGGUCCGGCUUCACCUAUAGUCAACUCACCAAUCCAUUCACCACCUUAUGUACAAGGCCAGUUAGGGGAUGGAACUUUAAUGGUGCCAGGUUUGAUGGGGACUCAUGUGAUGAAACAUCAAAUUAACCACAAAUUAAUCACAAAAUUAUUGUUCGGGAGUACCUGUGAUGUUUGUGGUAAAACUAUUUUUAGAGGAAAACAAUGUAAAUAUUGCAAAUUUAAGUGUCAUAAAGAUUGUGUACAUAGAGAAGCUCCAAGCUGCGGUCUUUCAGAUGAAAUGGUCAACUUGGCCAACAAAACAUACUUUGAAGUCUAUCCAGAGAGAAGACACUCCCAUUCCUUCUUGCAUGAAAUUACUACCAUGUUAAAGAAGCCUAAAAAGCGUGCCUCAAAUCCGAGAAGAACGCCCGAGUUACAGCGUCAUGGAAAGCACGUGUUGCCAGCGUUCCCGGUGCCAGACUCGAGUUCAGCUUCCUCAUCUAACUCAUCCACACAUUCCUCACCGAUCCCGCACGGCAUGUCGUCGGGAACGUACACCUCGCCAUCACCUUAUCCAUCACCUCAUGUACAGCAAAUACACUCAUUCCAGUUUCCAGAUACAUUAUUGUCGGAGAGUUCUACAGAUGUAACACAAACAGAGCCUGUCUUCUCUACAGACUGGGAUAAAGAUGUAGAUGUAGUAAGCACAAAUACAUCAAAUGACAGUGAUAAAACUAUUGUUGAUAGUAAUACAUCAGAAGUGACCCUGCUGGACAGGGUUGACUCUGUAGAUAGCCAGGAUGAUCCAUUAGGUCAACAUACCUGGAAAAGAGUUUAUAGUCUUUCAGUAGCUUUAAAGGAGUGGGACAUUCCAUAUGAAGAGUUGAUUCAAGACGACCCAAUAGGCACGGGACGUUUUGGAACUGUGUAUAAGGGUCAGUGGCAUGGUGAUGUUGCUAUUAAGAUGUUAAACAUGGACCCAGACACAGACAACGCUGCACAACUGUCUGCAUUUAAAUUAGAGGUUGCAAUGCUGAGAAAAACACGACACGAGAAUCUGGUAUUGUUUAUGGGAGCUUGUAUGAAACCUCCUCAUCUAGCUAUAGUAACAAGUUUAUGUCGAGGCAGCUCACUGUUUACGUUGUUGCAUGUAAGAAAAGAGAAGUUUCAAAUGAGUAAAAGUAUCAUUAUAGCGCAGCAGGUGUCACAGGGCAUGGGAUACUUGCAUGCUAAAGGCAUUGUGCAUAAAGAUUUGAAGACAAAGAACAUCUUCUUUGACAAAGAUAAAGUUGUGAUCACAGAUUUUGGUUUAUUCAAUGUUACCAAACUCUGUCAUGCUAAUAGACAUUCAGAUCGCCUACAGAUCCCACCAGGUUGGUUGUGUUAUCUCUCUCCAGAGAUCAUCAAGUCCCUGCAGGCGGGGGCAGCCUAUGCUAACACUGAACUUCCUUUCUCAGAAAUGUCGGACGUUUAUGCGUUUGGCACUGUAUGGUACGAGUUGUUAAAUGGCAACUGGCCGUUUGAUCGUCAGCCUCCAGAGAGCAUCAUAUGGCAGGUGGGUCAUGGGCUCAAACCAUCAUUUGGCAGUAUUAAAGGAUCCAAAGAAGUUAAGGACAUGUUGCUGGUAUGUUGGUCUUUCAAUCCGGAUGACAGACCCAGUUUUAGUCAGCUGCUGAAGAUCAUGGAACGGUUACCACGGAAACCAUUUACCCGAAGUCCGUCACACCCUAUACACCUUCUUUCACGUAGUGCUGACUCACUUCAUACAUCCUGAUAUUAAAUAUCCUGGCAAUGGAUUAGCCAAAAAUCUUUUUAUAUUUUGAAUUAAACAUUCUGAUUUGUUAAAAGGUUGUUUACUUUAGGUCUCAAGUUUUAGGAACAACUUAUUGUAGAAUGAUAUAUUACAAUUAUAAAUGGACUCAAGGUCAAGUCAGAAUGCCUUACUGCAAACCAAAGUCGUAAUCCUCGCUGUUAAUGAAUUAAGAAACUUCAGUUAAAACUUGAUAUCUCAAAUUUGAAGGGAUUGAGCGUUUAACUUUGAGAUAACCGAAAUAGGGCUUAAAAUGCUAUUUUCUGUACGUGUUAUGAGGACGGGACUUAAAAAUGUCUUUAAAAUAGCCGGAAUUCUGAGAUAAGCAAGUUCGAGAUAUCGACUUUCAACUGUACCUGCAGAUCUGGGUCGGUAGUCAUCAAUGUUUUAAGUUUGAACUUCAAAAUGCUCUCUGUUACUUAAGCUGUUAUCUAAAUUGGCAUGGAUUGUAAAGAAAAGUAGCAUGAAUGUAACUUCCAAAGUGACAAACAGCUCAGCAAAUUCUUGAUACUGUAAUGGUAUUGACUAUAAAGAUGGUUGUAGCCAAAUGAAUAAUUUGGGUUAUUAACAUUUAGACUGCAGGUGGCAUGUACUUCUGCCUUUGCGACCAGUGCAGACCAAGAUGAACCUGCACAUCCGUGCAGGCACAUCUUGGUCUACACUGUUCGCUAUUCAGUCAGAAAAUUUUCAGUUAACACGCCUUCAAACAAUAAAUGGUACUGCCCAUGGCAAACUGAAUGAUAGACAAGUCCAUUUUAGAAAUUUAGCAGCAAAGGUUAAUUCUGAGGAUAAGUUUCAGACUUCAAAAAUUGAUGAUAAAGUUUAGCCAUAUGGUAGUCCAUUUUGAAAUAGAAUUUGUCUGUUUUCAUCUCUCCAAGUUCUACAAGAAUUGACAAUGUAAUGUUUGUAUCUUUCUGUGAUUCGGCAGUUUAGAUUAAGUCAAAGCGGUACGUUAUUUGGAACGCUUUGUACAAUUACUUUUCAAAACUACUACUAUAUUUUCAGUUCUACCAGUAAAUCUACUCUAUUUAUUUAAAUUAUCUUACAGUAACUAUAUUUUAGGUUUUACUCUAUAUUAUGACACAUUGCCGUAUUGUCUGGUCGCAAGUAUACAGUUAUGCCUUAAACACAGUAAGGCUUGAAAAAUAUGACAAUAAUUUAGAUAGUCCUACCAGAUAGUCCUACAUUGUUUGGCAGUACUAGAUUACAUCAUUAUGGUAAGUAUGUGAUAGUUUUACUUAACCUUUAGCAUGCUAGAUGAAUUGUCGUCUGCUGGAAAUGUCGUCUGCUAAAAUUGUAAAGUUCAUUCAGUUUGCUCCAAAAUUGGAAGAAAUAUUGUCAGAGUAGCAAACAGCUUGGAACCUGAUCAGACGCCGAUUUAAUCGGCGUCUGAUCUGGUUCCAAGCUGUUUGCAAAGGCUGUUAAAUUCGCCUGCAGCAGGCUAAGGGUUAAUUAAUUAAAAAACAUGGUAGGAAGUUACUUUUUUGUAGGUGUAAAGAAUUUAAAAAAAUAUACCUAUACUAAUGGACAUUGUCACAAGAUUGCAAACACAUCUAAAUGUUCAAAGAAGUAAAUUUAAUUGUGAAAAACUGAGGUUUUUUACUGUUUAGCAGAGCAUAAGGUAGGUUAUGAACGGUUAUUUACAACUGAAUCAGAUUUUAAUUUUUGAUGACAUACUUCUCACAGUGGAUGAAAAAUCAGCAUUGUAACGAUGACGUGCAUAUAUACAUAAAUUCUAUGGCCAGUGGGGGGAAAAUUGACUAGCAUCAUUGAGGUAUUUAACAAGCAUAGAAAACUUGAGUAUUUAUAAUGGGGAUGGUAUCUAUACUUCACUGUAGGAGUUUUUAGUUCACCAAAGCACAAAGUGCUCGAGAUGAGCCAUUUUGAUCACUCAUUGUCUGUUUGUCUUCUGUCUGUCAACAUUUUUUUCAGACAAUAUCUCCUCUGAAACCAUUAGUAGGAAAUUGAUGAAACUUGUCUUGGGUGAUUUUAGUGGUAAAUUUAAAAAAUAUUGUCAGAAACUGCUGGCACAAAUUUGAAAAGAAGAAAAACCUCCAAACAUCAUCUUUUAAACCACUGGCCCUGCUUGAAAAUAAUAUCACAGAAAUUUUCCUUUUGUGACUCUCUACCAAAAUUGUUAAAAACCGAUUCUGAUUUGUCAAAAAAAUGGCUGCCAAGAGUUGGUAUAGUUUUCUAUUUCUGAAAAACUUCCAAAACCUCUGAAUAGGCAGGCCAGUUUUUAAAGUUAUUUGGCAGAAAUGCAAUGUGUUAAACUGGUUUAGGUGUGAAACUCUGGUGAGCAGUAUAGGGCCAUCAUAGCCCUCUUGUUUUUCAGUUUAAUUUUAUGUUGAAAGAUAGAUGGCUUGAAAACCAAUGGCAGUUUUAAUAGGGCAAGUCUACAUUUUAUGUAGUUUCUGAAACUGUUCCUUUAAUACUUCUGUGAAGAACUCAGUAAACUAGUUCAUUUCCACAAACAAUUUACAUUUACAAACCAUUGAAAUAUGGCUUAUACUUAAUGCCUGUUUUUGUCAUACAUGUCUAUGUUUCUGUAACAUAGUUUCAACACUUAAGAUGCCUUAAGAAUAUGCCUUCCAAACUUUUGGCUAGAGCAAGAAGUAUGGAAAAUAUUUUUAGUAUGAUCUUUAUGAUCUAUUUUGGGCAUUUGAAAUGUGAUUGGUUUUAUUUGAAAUCGCUAGAAUGUAAUAGCUUGAACUUUAAUGAAACCGCUUGAACUACAGUGAAAUAACUGGCACUGUAGUAAAAUAGCUUGCUCUAGAAUGAAAUUUUUUGGUGUUACAAUGAAAUAGCUGGUUCUACCAUGAUAUUGUUGGCACUACAGUGAAAUAGUUGGCUCUACAAUGAAAUAGCUAGCACUACAUUGAAAUAGCUUGCUUUAUGAUAAAAUAGCUGGCUGUACAAUAAAAUAGCUGACUGUACAUUGAAAUUGCUGGUACUACAAUAAAAUAGUUGGCACUACAAUGAAAUAGUUGGCACAACAUUGAAAUAGCUAGCACUACAUUGAAAGAGCUGGCUCUACAAUAAAAUAGCUGACUUGACAAUGAAAUAGCUGGCACUACAUUGAAAAUGUGGACAAUUCAUUUUAUGAACAGAAAAAUAGUUCUUCUGCAGAAUUUCCUAUUAGCUUUUUAGGUAAACUUUAACUGGUUUUGAGAAAUAUUCUUUUUAUUUACUGAAAAUAUUACUGUUUCUCAUCUUCAGUUUUUGACACUUGGGCUAUGAGCAGAGCCAUGGUACAUUUCAUUUAUAAUAUAGAUUUGGUUAUUUGUUAACCCUUACCAUGCUGGACAUGAUUGAUUCUGCCUUUGCGACCAGUGCAGACCAAGAUCAGCCUGCACAUCUGUGCAGUCUGAUCAUGGUCUGCACUGUUCGCUAUUCAGUCAGUAAAUUUUCAGUGAACACCCCUUCGAAUAAUAAAUGGUAUUGCCCAUAUUGAAUGAUGGACCAGUCUAUUUUAGAAAUACAGCAGGGGUUAAAGCCAAAAAAAGAAAUGCACAGUGUAUGUAAGGUAUUUAUGAAGUAUUCGGACAUAUUCUAUCUAUGUUAAACUGGUGUAAUACAUACCAUAUCAUAAUAAAUGAAGUAUUCCUUUGUCCAUAUAUUAACAAAUCUAAUUAAUAUUAACUUUUUUUGUCAUAUCAUGAAUAUUUAUAGAACAUGUUAUCAUGCAUAUUCAUAAAAUGUGAUCAUUUUGUCCUUUGGACGUUAAAAUACAUCAUAACUGUUUUCCUAAGAUUUAUUGUUUUUAUUUGUAGGAAUAGAAAGUUUAACUGUUUUUUUUUUUAUGUGUUUUUUUUAAGUGAUGACUGUUUUUAUCUAUGUGUUUUUAAGUGUGAUAUAUACAUGUUUGUUCUUAGUUUUGAUUAUGUACAUGUAGUUGUUAAAGAGUGUAUAUAACAGAUUUAUUUAUUAUUGAAUUGUUUCUGAUAAGUGUGGUUUUAAUAGCUUACAAGCUUCUUGUUUUAAGGUAAGGAAAAAACUGAAGAAAAAGAAGGCUGGAUUAGUGUAAAGUUAUAGCAAUUUUUCUAAUACUUGAGCCGUGCCAUGGGAAAACCAACAUAGUGGUUUGCGACCAGCAUGGAUCCAGACCAGCCUGCGCAUCUGCGCAGUCUGGUCAGGAUCCAUGCUGUGCGCUGACGGUUUCUCUAAUUGCUAUAGGCUUUGAAAGCGAACAGCGUGGAUCCUGAUCAGACUGUGCGGAUGUGCAGGCUGGUCUGGAUCCAUGCUGGUCGCAAAGCCACUAUGUUGGUUUUCUCAUGGCGCGGUUCACUUAAUCAAUCUUCUGGCAGUUUAGAGUUAAAGGUCCUUAUUUUUCCUCGAAUGAAUUAAAACCUGUUUGAAAUCACAAUGUUGAGUCUUGUUUCCUGUAUUUCAACAUGUAAACCUGUUUUCAAGUAGUGGACCUGUAACGGCAUUCAGCAGUUUCCGUUGGAUUCCAUAUUCUCAUCUCCGUGAGCGAGUGGUUAAGGUCACUGACUUAAAAUCUCUUGCCCCACACCAAAAUGGGUUCGAUCGAACCUCACUCGGGGCAUUCAGUGCUUCAUGUGAUCAUGAGGAAGUUAUCCGGCUGGCUUACAAAAAGCCAGUCGUUUACCCAGGUGCCUGCCCGUGAUAAAGUAAAGCACUGAGGGGCACUUAGGGGUCUUCCUCAACAAUCAAAGCUGGAAAGUUGCCUUGUGACCUAUAAUUGUGUUGGUGUGACGUUAAACCCAACAAAAAUAUAUAUAUAUAUAUAUUCUUGUCUGUUAUUUAGACAUGUUUGGGUGAUAAAUUUAGUCCAUACAAGCAAUGGUUUCGGUGGAAAAUUCCAAAAUCACAUUCAAAGAAAAGUAAAUGAAACGGAAAUUACCAUUGUCGUUAUGGGUUCUCUACAUUAAGCCAACAGUUUUUUACCUUCUUAUAAGUUGUGAUUUUUGACGGUACCAGCAAACAUGCAAUAAUUUGUAAGUAACGAAUGCUGUAGAGAGAUAAAUUAGAUACAUUCCAAAGUUACAAGUGCUGAUAAUUGUGAUGUCUUUGUAAUGUAUACGGUACGUUAAUAUUCUUACUAUAAUCAAUGUAAUAACAAAAUAUAUACAAAUAUUUACUUCCAAAAAAAAAAUGUAAUGUUAUGAGGCUAUAAUUAGUAUAAGUACGGUAAAUCUAUGUAAUGAUUGUCUUUAUCAGUUAUUUGCUCAUUCUCAUGUAUGUAGGGAAAUUGAUUACAUGUGUUUCACUGAAUUUUUGAAAUAUGAAGAGUAAAAAUUAUUUUUUUUCGGGGGAGGGGCGGGGGGGCUACUUUUCUUGGAUUUCGUUGUUGUUGGUCCACAAAAUUUAAUUCCAACAAAACAAAACAGUAUAAGGAAGAUGAAUUUUAUGUUUGAAGGUCAAAUCCUCAAAUUUAUAUCCCAUGAAAUAGCCAUUUUGGUGGAAACACAAUUUUAGUCCCAUGAAAUAAAAUGUUUUCACGCUUGAAAUUAAAUGUUUUCACACGAUAUUUUUUACUGGCACUUGAAUGUGGAAGUGUAUUAAUUAUAAAUAAUAGGGAAUUCUUGUCAAAGAUAAACUUCAAUAAAAUCAAAAGAUGUUCUUAAAGUACAACAGGACGUAUUCAUACCUUAAUAUUAAAUGUUAUAGAAAUAUGUAACUCUCAUAGAAUUAUUUAAAUCCUGCUUACAUGAACUCUUGUGACCUCAAAAUUUUGUGAUGAUGUCAUGAUGCAGCAUGUGAUGUUAUGUGGAUGAAAUGGUUUAUAAAAUGACCCACACCAUGAGAAAACCAACAUAGUACGAUUGCAACCAGCAUGGAUCCUUACCAGCCUGCGCAUCUGCGCAGUCCGGUCAGAAUCCAUAUUGCUUUCAAAGCCUAUUGUAAUUAGAGAAAGUGUUAGCGAACAGCAUGGAUUCUGACCAGACUGUGUGGCUGCUAGGACUGGUUUCAAAGGCACUGUGUGUGUUUUCUCAUGGCGUGGCUCAAAUGUUUCAGAUGACAUGAAACUCAUUAUUGGAUCUGGUGUCUACUCUGGAAGAGAUAUAUGUUCUAUCUAUUUACUACAUAAAAUCAAAUAUCAACAGACAUUGUUGAGCGAUUUGCGAGACACAUCUUUUUAGCAAUGACAUGUUUAAACAGACAAGCCAUAGAUACAUGUGAUUUAAUAAAACACACUAUCCAUAUGCUUAUGAACAAUCUUCGAAUAUAUUUUACAAGUUCACAUGAAUUCAUCAAAGGUUUCCAAAACGUGUUCGACUCACCCAGGAAAACCCAAUGUCUGGAAACCUGAUCCUUUUCCAUGUCUUUUAUAUACAAUAUGUCAGAGUAACUAUUAACACUUGAUAUAGAACAUAUCCUCAACACUGAGGUUACUUAUCAUUAUGUAAGUGAAAUACCUGUUAAAAUAACAUAAUCAUUGUCGUUUUUUUUUUGGUCAGUAGGUCAAAGGUCACAGGGGCUUGAACCUUGUAAAACUAUUACAUGCAAUAACUAAAGAACCAGUUGACCUGUUACUUUGAAACUUGGUAGCAUGAUUGAGUGAACUGGAUAACCCAUAAAGUUUUAGGGUUAGUAGGUAAAGGUCAUAGUAACCAUGUGACUAAAAUAGGACAACCCAUCAUGGAGGGGGUGCAUACAUGUUUUACAAACAGCUCUCUAUUAAUUGUAAGCUUUUAUGAAAAAUAGGUUUAGGAAAAAACAAUGUUCUAGUAAGAUAAAUAUAUUUAACUUGGAGUCGUUGUUUCAAAUAAAUUUGACCUGAAGUUGUUUUAACCACAACUCAGUUUUUUCCCUUGCAGAAAGUUAAGCCCUUUUGGUAUUCUUUCGUUUAAGUUUUGUAUGAGACUCUGGGAUAGUCCAGCAUCACUGUUGGCAUAAAAUUUAGGUAACAUGCUAAUCAUUGUCUUUCCCUCAGAUCAGCAGUAAAAUAGAAGUGUUAUUGUAUACCUUGCAUGGGCAAGUAAAAAGUUAUAUUUUGUUUUUUUUCUUUUGUUUGUGACAGAACUAGAACUGUAAUGUUAAGGAUGAUAUCUAUGUAUGUUGUUUAAAGGGUGAUAUGUCUUCUCUCAUAUCUGUUCCAGCCUUUUUAAAGUAUGUUUUGUGCAAUAUUAAGUCUUAUGUAUAUAUAUAAAAAUAAAUGAUUAUGGAAAAUUAAAAUUUAUCAUAAAAUUGUAAA